GUCACUCACUCAUUAUUAAUACAGGAUUACUUGUAUUCUCAAUCCCAAACUCGCACACACACAAUACGCACCCCUCACAGAAAUCCACGCGCUGUCUGCUGGGGACCUUCAGCGGUAGCAAAGCAGUCAGGUAUCUGUGAGCCACCAGCUGGAGUCUCAGGAGUUUCAUCCACUUUGAAUGUCGCGAGCCCGUGGAGGCCCACUGCUCACUUUACUGCUGACAGAGGUUUUACCAGACAAGUGUUGGAUAUUCAUCAGAAGAGAAGAUAAUACAGCUUUGUAACCCUUGUUUCAUGAAGAUGUUUCCUUGGUCCGCUGUUUUCUCCCUUGAGCCUAAAGUGCCCGGCCAGCGAACAACUGAGGAGCUGGUAACCAACACCCUGAUGCUGGAGCUGGGGGCCAUGGUGAAGCGCACUGAACGCAUCCGCUUGGAGAGGGCGACGGAGGGUCGUCGCCGCCGUCGCAGCUCUUCCUCUACAGCAGACUACAGCUGGCUGGCAACCACCCCAACCCCACAGCCCUAUGAGCUCACUCCCAAUGACCUGCUGGAGUUGCAAGACCUCUGUGCCAAAAUCCCUCCUGCACAGUGUGGGCCUGUGAUUGUCAGGUUCAGGAGGUUGGUGUCACAGAUGGAGCCCGAGGUUCACGAGGUUCCUCGGCUCUUUCGCUCAGUGCUGCGUGACUGCGUGGAUGAGGCGAAUGGAAACGACGAGGUUCCGACCCAGGAAGUGCUGUUUGAGAAGCAGCAGCGCAGCAAAAGCCUCUCCUUUGUCACUUUCCGCACAAAAUUCCGCACGGGGCAUUUCCCAAAGGGCAGCAACUUGAGAGGCUCCAGGGGGAACCUGCAGCAGGAAGUGGAAUGGUCUGAUGAGGAGGAGGAUGGAGAAGGGGAGGAGGAAGCAAUCAAAGCCAGGGCGAGGAAAGGAAGGAGUAGGAGCAUGCCAGAGAUCACCCCUAUAGAGCAGAGUGCUCAGGGGUGAGAGAAGUGGGGGGAGUCAGGGGAGAAAUAAAGCAGAGGGACAUGUGCAAGGGAGGGGAGGAGAAUCUAGGAGAGUCACAGAGAAAACUAGGUGAGCCCAGAUUGUACAAGACAAGCAUUAAUGAGGAAGAAAGGGAGGAGCGGAGGUAGCUGCCAUGAAAAAAUGGGUCAAAUAAAAAUCUGGAAAACUUAAAAAACAUUAUUUUCUUGCUUAUUUCAAAAGAUGAAGAAAAAAUUCAAGAGAAAGGACUUAAAUAGAUUUCGUCACUGGCAGCUUUAGGCAAAUCUAAAAGAAUUAUGGUUCUGGUUUUAAGAUGUCAGCAGCCUUUUGUGGUCCUGGUGGGUAAAUUUGAAACUGCUGAUACUGUUUUAUCUACAUAAGAAGGGAAUAAAAAGCUGUUCCAAAUCUAAGGCGACCUAUUAUGCUCAUUUCCAUAUUUCAAGUAACUUUGCCUGAUUUCCAUUUCAAAAUAAUCCUUCUUUGUCUCAUUCUGGGCCUGAAACCAGUUUUUAUAUUAGCUCCUCUCCCUUUAAAACCACUUUUGUCUGGUAACGGAUGGGUGAGGUUUCUGUAUCUGAAAUGGUAAAUACAGAUCCUCCUCCUUCUUUUGACGGGACCCUUGCCACAGCAGAUCAUCUGCCUCAGUCUCAUCCUAUCCCUACCAUGCUCCUCUGUCACACUAACCCUCUGCAUGCCCUUCUUCAUGACCACAGAGACCAUCUCUGUGGUCUUCCUCCUGCCUGGCAGCUCCAUCUACACCACCUUUUUGAUAUAUCCACUAUGACUCCCUUGACUACCACCUCUACACCCCUACCCUUCCUUCUCUUCCUGAUGAAACCUUCCCAUUUAUCUGGACUUGGGACUGGCAUUAGGAGUACACUGGGUUGUACACCACCACAGGCUGGGUUGACAUGAAACAGACCAAAGAAUAUGGAAGUGGAAAAAAGAGCAUUUAAAGCAGUCUGAAUCCUGAAUUGCUGUCUGCCAACUUAAUAGUUUGAAACUCUGACCAUGUCUGAGCAUCAACCAUUAUAACUGUACUGUACAUGUAACCUAAGAAAAUAAGGAUAUGUCAAUGCCAGCCCAUUUAGUAGUGGUUCAAGGGUUUUGACCUAUAAAAAAUUGCAAUACGGGAUGUUGAGUUAAACUUUGCUCAAGCUUCUGGCAUCUAUAAACUCAAACCCAUACUGUAAGGGCUCUCUGAUGAAUCAUAAACACAUCACAUGAACUAAAACGUGUUACAUAACAGACAGGACAGCCGUCUUCUGCAGACUCAGCAGCCACAGUUUGGCUCCAGAUCACCAGCUCCCAUCAAGUAAAGCCUUGCAGGCAGAAAAUAAUUAGACUCACGUAUGAUUUUAUUGUAUUACAUGUACUUAAGGUAAUAAAUAAACAAUUUUCUGAUUUUUUCUGUGCAAUUAAAACACUUCUUUUACACAAAAAUGUCUUCUUUUUUUUAAAAUAUAGGUUUAGCUAACACUUGAGGCUAAUGUUUAAAUGCAUAUCUGUCUGCAUUGUUAUAAAUGAAAAUAAAGAAUAAAAGGCCAAAUAUAAACUGCAGCGUUUGUUACAGCUAAUUAAAGCCAUGCUGACUAAUCCUCUUAUCCCAAGAAAAUCUCACACGUGAAUGCCAGCACCCCAUUACUGUUUUAUUAAUGCGCACUUUAUCAAUACAUCUUCAUAACUAUUUCAACUUUAUACACUGAAGUCAAGGCAUUUGGCUAAAAUAAAAAAAGAAAAUAAAGAGCAAAAGAAAAAAGGAGGAAAAAAAAAUGUUUCUUUUAAAAAGCUGUGGUCAUUUAAAUAACAUCCUGUACAUUAGUUAGAUAAAGAUGGGGCGCACAGGCAUCCAACCAGACACUUCCAGGGAACGUGGCCGAUCGAGUGACUUUACAACCAGCGUUUACCCCUUCAUACGCACUGAUCCUCCUGCAGCACUCAGCGAGUGAGGUUUAAACCUUUUCUUCCAUUAAACCUCUGCGAAGGCUGCUCACCACACAGCUUCAUUUAAAACAGUAUCGUUACAUAACAUUUCUCACAGCUCACCCUUCAGUUCCACUGCAAACCUCCCUUCAUCUGGCUAUGACUGCCUACUUGUGCCACAGCGAGUUUCCUUGUAUUGUGUCACAGCUCAACAACAGUACCAAUUUGGCAAAUGAAACAAAACAGCAAAUAACUAGAUUAUUAAAAAAAAAAAAAAAUCCACAUCAGUGUUGGAUGGUAGAAGGUUAAGAAUUGCUGAUAAAUGAGACAGUCAUGUGGUUCCAGUAAAAAGCAGGUAAACUAUGAAGCAAAAUAAUCUGAGGAUCAAGUCCAGUUCUAAAGUUUGGCUUUGAAAUACUUAAUAUAAAGGAUGACGUGUGGUAAAAGAGGGUAAACAAGAAAACAACAAUAAGACAGUUUGCAGAAUCAAACCAUUAAAUUAGAGCCAUUUUGAUUAAAUGUUUACGAAUAGUUGGUCAGUAGACUACAGAACAGCUUUCUGCUCUUAAAGUGGGGAUUUAAAGAUCAUUUAUUUGUUUUAUUCGAGAGUUCAACAUCUUCAUUCUCCACUGAAGAGUCAAAUUAAGACUGAAAAGUUUGUGGCUUGGGACAAAACGACAGGUCCGUAUUCGAGUGCAUCCCAAAAGCCUCCAUGAAACCGUGAUAGAAGAGUAUCGAAAUAUGUCCUCUUAGUCUAGCUUUAAUUUUAUUUUUCCUCAUUCGAUACGGUUUCCCCGCUCCUCAUUCCUUUAAGCAAAGAAGA